AUGGCCAAGUCCGGCUAUGGAACGGAAGGCGGCAUGGACGCACGGGCGUCCGCAAGCGUCUUCACACCCGGCAAGCGACGGCGCAUCAAUUUGGUUGCGAUAUGUCUCAACAUUUUCUUGCCGUGGUUCCUGUUCUCUACGCUUUAUGCGGCGAUGUCUUUCUCCAUCCACUACCAGCGCCCGGCCAUAGCAUGGCUCCUGGUCUUCCUCGGCUUCUGCACAGUAAUUCUGUCAGGCCUGCUGGCGUACCAGACGAAGAAGAAGGAACGCGACCCGAUGUGGUACACGUUCGCCACUCUGGCUUUCGGCUUGGCCGUCGUGCUCGCAGUCAUUCUUGGAGACAUGAAUUUCUGGUACAACAUGCAGCCGUUCUACGACAUCGAGAACCUGAACACGUACCCCUCGGUCAACCCCGCGCGGGAGAAGGGGCAGCAGCUCAUGGACGCGGGACGGGUCUACUUUGCGGACGGCGCAAUGCUCGACAUGAGGAAGGCCAUGGGGUUCAAGAACUUGGACCUGUUCUGCGUGGCCCCCAUCGUGCACGGCGAGGACCAGCUCGCCUCAUACGACUUCUGGGCCGUGGGCAUCAACUGCUGCAGCGGGGUCUCCUCCGACUUCCGCUGCGGGGAGUUCAACAACCCGCACGCGCGAUCCGGCCUGCGCCUCAUGCGUGACGACCAGAGGCCCUUCUUCCGGCUGGCGGUCCAGCAGGCCGAGGCGGCCUACAACAUCAAGGCGACUCACCCGCUCUUCUUCUACUGGAUGCAGGACCCCGUUGCCGAGAUGAACGCCUACCGAGACGACGGGUUCAAGUACUACUUGCUCGGGAUCUUCACGCAUUUCGCUUUUAACUUGUUCUGCGUCGUCAUCGCGGUGGUCGGCUUCUCCAAGAUCGGCCGGCAUUGA